CAAUACUCUACAACUUAUUUUCAUCCCAUGUCGUUAGCCAUAUCAUUCAGCAUCUAUAAAUACCCUAAACUUCUUCAUAGUAGCCAUCAUCAAAUACUACACUAUAUAAUAUACCCUCUAAAGUUUGCUCAAUUGUAGCCUAUAUUAUAUAGUUCGAGCUGCUACAUUAAUGGCUGCACCUUGGUCGUGUUGUUUAUUUGCAAUGCUUGCUUUGAUGUCAGUUAUUGAAUCAGAAAGCAGAAUAGCAAGGAAGGAUUUGGGUUUGGACCUUGGUGGGUUAGGAAUUGGACUUGGAGCAGGAGUAGGUUUGGGAAUUGGAGGUGGUAGCGGCUCUGGUGCCGGAGCUGGAGCAGGUUCUGGCUCUGGUUCUAGUUCUUCUUCUAGUUCAUCCUCAUCUUCGUCUUCUAGUUCUGGCUCGGGGUCGGGGGCAGGCUCCGAAGCAGGCUCGUAUGCAGGAUCUCGAGCUGGAUCAGGAUCAGGCAGAAGCCGUGGUAGAGGUGGGGGUGGAGGUGGAGGAGGCGGCGGUGGUGGUGGAGGUGGUGGUGGAGGCUCUGGGGAGGGCUCGGGUUAUGGUGAAGGUUAUGGCCAUGGUGGGGGUUAUGGUGAAGGUGGUGGUGAUUAAUUAAGGAACUGCAUGAAUGAACUGAUUAAUAAGUAUAUAUAUGAUGGUUGAUUCAAAUAAAAGAAAAUGUUAAAAGUGUGUAAUAAAUAAGUAGCAGUUUGUGUGUAUCAAAUAAUGAAAACAUGUAAUAUGGUUGAUUGCAUGUAUCAUGUGUGUUUUAUUUUAGUGAAGAAAAAUAAGUUGUCUUUCAAUUUCAA